AUGAAAGUGUGCACUUCGUAUGACACUGGUCUUGCGAGUUUCGGCGAUGCUGAACUGUAUGACGAAUUGGCCAGUCGUUUUUAUGAAUUGGAUGCCUUUUACAAAAAGUUGUCUUUGCCCCCUUAUAGCUUCAGGCGAUCAGCAUUUCCCCCAGGUUAUAAUGAGUCCCAAGACGAUUCUUUGCGAAGAACCCAGAUCAGUCGACGCGACGUUCUCAAAUUGACGCUGAGACUUGCUCCCGUGAAAUUCGUUCCAAUAGCUAAGAUAUUCAUCGGAUUAGAGGUGAAAGGAUAUGAUGUGACUCCGACAAUCGGCGAGCAAGACUCAAAUGAUGGACCGGUUGCAGUUAUCGAUGGGGUGGGCAUCGGGUCACCUGAAGGUACCGAUCCGAUUUCGAUGCGCAAUCUCACCAGGCCCAUCAUGUUGGAUGCUUUCCUCAAAGCUGGCCAAUCUAAAUUUAGUAUCAAGGUGGCAGAUAUUGGGGACGUAUUUCCUCUUGGGUCUAACCUCAGUCUGGCCAAGGCUCCAGAGGUCAUCCAAGCAAUGUUCAAUCACACGCUCGAUAUCAAUCAGCUUUUGAUGGAAAGUGCUGCUCAGGAUUUGCAAGGCUCAAUGAUCGGUGUGAAUUACUCCUGUGUUGAGACAAGGAAAGAAUGGCAGCCCUUCCUUAAACUAUUAUCUAUAGUAGUAGGAAGCACCAUGGGAGUCUUUACGGCAAUCUUGUCUGUGAUCGUUAUGUUGGCCCGCAGGAUCGACGGUCGCAAAGGGCAGGAGGACCACAUGGGUGAACUCGAUUUCGAAGAUAGCCGGAACCCAUCGACUGCUCAUAUCGAGGAAGGAGAAGUGAUUCCCCUGACAAAGAUUGUAGAAUAA